CGGGUUGGAUGUGACCCAGUGACUCCUGGUUGCCAGGGAUCGAGAGGAGGGACCAUGGCGGUCGGGGAGAGCCAGCUCCAGAGGAUUAUCCGAGAUCUGCAUGAUGCUGUUGCAGAGCUUGCAAAGGAGUACAAGGAAAAUGGGGAGCCAAUCACAGAUGACAGCACCAAUCUGCACAAAUUCUCCUACAAACUGGAGUAUCUGCUUCAGUUUGACCAAAAGGAGAAAACAACUUUUCUGGGCACCAAGAAGGACUACUGGGAUUACUUCAGCGAUUGCUUGGCUAAGAUCAAAGGAGCCAAUGAUGGCAUCCGUUUUGUGAAAUCCAUUUCUGAGCUGAAGACAUCUCUAGGAAAGGGACGAGCAUUUAUCCGCUACUCCCUCGUUCAUCAGCGAUUGGCUGACACCAUGCAGCAGUGCCUGAUGAACCAGAGAGUCACCAGCGACUGGUACUAUGCAAGAAGCCCCUUCUUGAAGCCUCUCCUCAGUGCUGACAUAAUCAAUCAUCUGUACGAGCUCAACGAGGUGCAGUUUGACGUGGCGUCCAGAGGUCAUGAUCUCGACGCCUCGUGGCCAACUUUUGCAAGGAGGACACUGGGAAGUGGAAAUUCACCAGGCCACAUGUGGAAACCACCAAGUCGUAGUUCCAGUAUUAAUAGCCUGGCCAGUUCCUACUCCCAGCAAGCGCCUGAGUGUGCCUCCAGCCCAGACUAUGGCCACAGUUUGUUGAAUGAUCUCAAUGAUUCGCUGCCGGCCUGCGUGGAAGACAGCAACACGGUUGAAGUCCUUCGCCUGGAGCUGGAUCAGUCAGAACUAAGGCAGAGAGAUCUCCUUGAUAAGGUCCGGCAGCUUGGCGAGGAGUCCGCCGAGAUGAAAGGAGUGAUUGAAGAGCUUCAGCGGCAGCUUGACGUGUCGCUCGCUGCUCAAGAAGGGCACCAGGGCAUGCAGGAAGAACUCAGAGCCCUGCAGGGGAGAGAGGUUGCUCUUUCCAGGCAAGUGGAAGCACUCAGGGCUGAGGAACAAAACAGGGAAACUCGACAUGCCUCGCUUCAGGAAAAGCUGGCAGCUGCUGAGCACAAGAACAUAGAGCUCAUGGCCAAGCUGGACGGGGUUCUGGAUGAGAAGGGACAGCAGGCUGCCAGCCAUUUUGAUUCAGCGCAGAAGAUUCACGAGUUGCUGGACAAACUAAAAGAGGCAGAGAAAGGAAAGAUCGAGGCUGUAGAUGAGAUGGUGGCGAACAGAAGACAGGUAGAAAGGCUGGAGGAGGAGGUAAGAGCCAAUGAGAUGAAGUCAAAGGAGAAUGAAACAAAACUCCAGGCACUGCUUACAGCUUUGUCUGAGGAGAAGGCCAAGUUGAAGGUAACAGUGGAGGAACAAUCCAGCACUCUAGAAAAGCUUCAGGGGGAGCUGGCAGUGAAAGAAAAGGAGGCAAGCAAUCUACAAAGAGAGCUGCAGGACCUCCAAAGGUCUCUGGAGAAGAAAGAGCAAGAGUUAGAGGAGGUGAAGGGGAGGGCAAAGCAAGAAAGAGAAGAGAUGCAGAAGAAUGUUGAUGACUUGAAGGGGUCUUUAGAGGUAAAAGUUGCUGAACUUACUGUGCAGCUUGCAAACAAAGAAGCAGAGCUAAGCUCCGGCAGUGAGACACUACAAAAGCUUGAAGCCAAGAACCAAAUCCUGACCACAGAAAAGGACAAACUGACCAUUAGCCUUGAUCAGCAUGAGGCUAAGGUCAAAGAACAGGCCGCUACGAUAGGAGACUACCAAGCAGAGUGCAGCAGUUUACAAGAACUAAAAGAGAAGCUGCAGGCCAAGGUGAGAAGAAACGAGGAGCACCAAAAUGAGAUGACCGAGCAAAGAGCGGCGCUCGAGGCUGAGCUGGCAGCUCUCAGAGCUUCUGAGAAACAGCUUAGAGGCCAGGUGGACGACGCCAAGAUGACAGUGGACGAGAAAGAGAAAGCGCUGCGCGAGGAGAACCGCAGUCUGGAUGAGAGUCUGCAGCGAGCCACGAUGGCUGCAAAACAAUCAGAAACGGCGUCCAAGCAGCUGGAGCAGGAGAACCAGACUCUGAGAGAGGAGCAAGAUGAAUUAAAAGCAACUCUUAGUCGCAUAGAGACGGACCUAAAGAACGCUCACAUUCAGAUCGGCGAACUGGAGAAAAACCUGGAGGCUUCAAACACUAAAGAAGUCAGUCUUCAAGAACAGCUCAAUGCGAAAGAAGAGCAGAUUGAGAGUAAAGAGAAGGAAGUUGUUAAGUUGGUGUCAACGCUAAAGGAGUUGGAGGCUAAGGAGAAGGAAACGGAAAUUGCCAAAGCCAAUGCAGAGGCAGCUUGUGCUAAACAGGCCGAACUGAUUGAAAGGGUAACAUCCGAGAAACAGGCAAUGGAGACACUACAACUUCAGAGGAGCUCAGUCCAAGCAAAGGAGAACCAGGAAGUUUCGGCCAAACUAAAUGUGGUUGAAGGCCAGUUGGAGCUUAGCAGGCAAGAAGUCUCCAGGCUCCAGGCAGAGAUCCUGGACCUGAAGGUGCAGGUGCAGAGAUCUGAGGAGGAAAAGCUGAAGUCCCAAGCACAGUUGGAGAUCACAGAGGCCCAAAGAGACGAAGCUAGGGCUCUGACUGAGCAGCUAAAAUCCCAAACAGAGACAAUGAACCAGAAGCACAUAGCAGAGCUCCUGGAGUGUAAAAAGAAAGAAGAGGCGCUGGUUCAGCAGCGCGAUCGAGAGGUAGCUGCCCAUGCCGAGUUAGCCGCGUCGUCCGCUGCCGUCCAAGAAGAGCUGGCUGCCCUCAAAGCAGAAAACAACAAGCUGGGGCUGGAGAACACAGAGGUCCGCGAGAGUCUGCACAGAGCAAACACCGAGAUGGCAGAGCUGGGGAUGACCAUCUGCAAGCUGAACGCAGAAAGGGAAGAAGCCAGCGAGCACUUGGCUGUCGACGCUGCUAAGAUCGGGGAGUUGGAGAAGGAGGUGGAGCGAAUCGAGAAGUGCAUGAGCGACCUACGGCAGGAGAACAGCAGUUUACGAGAGGAGCUAACGCAGAAGGAAGCCCUGCCUGGGACCAUUACGGCGCUCCAGGAAGAGCUGGAAAAAGCCAAGAACCAAGUGCGCAGCGUCAAGGAAUGCUGCCGAGAGGAAAUGGAUGCCGUCAAGUUCCAAAUGAGCUCCGAGACCAUGAGCCAUCAGGUUCAAAUAAAGGCUGUGACUGAGAGUUUGGAGAAGGUGGCAGGACAGCUGGAGGAGGAGCAGAAGAAGGUGUCCAGCUUGGAGGCAGAAGUGUCUGAACUUAAGGCUGCGAACGAGAAAUACUUGCAGCUCAUUGGUGAGAAAGACGCUUACAUCACGCAGGCGGAAGCCACCAUCCGUGAGAACGAAGGCGAAAUUCAGCAGCUGAGGAGCUCUGCGGCCAGUUUUGAAGAGGCACACUUGACCGCGCAAACCCUCUGUGAGGAGUUGAAGCAGAAACUGGAGGCAACAGAGGCGGCGAAACAAAGUCAGUGUCUGACGAUGACCGCAGAGAUCGACGACCUCAACAGCACCAAGACCAACCUGGAAGAGAGGCUCAUUGAGCUUAUAAAGGACAAAGAUGCUCUGUGGCAGAAGUCCGACGCGCUGGAGUUUGAGCAGAAACUGCGAGCGGAGGAGCGCUGGUGGUUGGUGGACAAGGAGGCCACGCACUGCCUUGGCUGCAACGGCCAGUUCACCUGGUUUCUGCGCAGACAUCACUGCAGACUUUGCGGCCGCAUCUUCUGCUACUACUGCAGCAACAACUUUGUCACGACGAAGCACAGCGAGAAGAAGGAGCGCUGCUGCAGCGACUGCUACACGCAGCACAGUGCAGUGGUGGAGAGGUUCACGGAGGCAGAGCUGAGUCCUACAGACGUGCCGCCCCCCCCAGCUGGAGCUGGGCCUCAGCCGCCUCCUGAGCCAGCGCCGUACAAGCCCACUCCCAGGGUUACAGUGUCAGACCCCAACAACAAAUCUGAGGAUGGAGGUUAUGACAUCAUCACAGAGGAGGAGGUGAACGGCGUCUACGACAGCGAUAACAACUCUCAGACCACAGGAGGCUCACUGGAGGGAGAACAAGACCGCCAGCUUCCAGGGACACGCGAAAUGGGCCCUGGAGAUAUGACCCCCGAUGAAGACAGCGUCCCUACGGUUCAGGAUUUAGAGAUUACCCUUCUCAGAUCAGGAGAAGUCUCAGUCGCUGUCCCUCUCAGCAUUGCUGAUAUUUCCCAGUUUGGUGAUGGCUCCAGGGAGCUCUUCAUCAAGUCCAGCUGCUAUAGCACCAUUAAUGUAUCUGUGGCAGACUGUGGGACAACUAUCGGCUGGAUGUUCUCCUCGGAGCCCAAGAGCAUCUCCUUCAGUGUGGUUUUCCGGGAAUCCAGCGACAGCGAGGUGGAACACUCAAAGGUUCUGAUUCCUUUGACGCGCUGCAAUUCCCAUAAAGAGACAAUUCAGGGACAACUGAAAGCGCGGCACCCUGGCCUCUACACACUCAUCUUUGACAACUCUUUCUCCAGGUUUAUCUCCAAGAAAGUGUUUUACCAUCUGACCAUGGAUAAUCCUGUGAUCUACGAUGGAAGUGAUGGACUCUGAAGCUUUGUGCCACAGACUCCCACAGAUAUGACCGUGUCGUCUCUGUGGCAGAUGAAGGGAAACUGACAAGAUCUUAUGGCAGUGACUGUAUUUGUUUUCCUUUUUAUAAUGUAAACCAAGUAUUUUCCCAAAUGUUAAGCAUUUAAUUAUUUGUUUUUUGAGUUUUUGAGAUGUAGUUUUAAGGGUGGGCUUAGUGGAAAAGAGGUGAUAUAUAUUUCAAGGAAAUCUAUGCACAUUUUAGCGUGUGUUUUUUUUUUCUUCAUUUUAAUCGACUUGUAAACUUUUUUAAGUUCAUUUGGGUAUUUCUGUAUUUUGUGGUCUGUCCAUAUUUUCUCAAAUAUUUUUAACGUUACUGAUAUAAAAACAUCACAGAAAGGUUUUAACACAUUGGACAUUUUUAAUGAUUUAUGAAGAUUUUCAAUGAAAUUGAACAGAAAGCAGAAGUUGAGGGAUCAGGGUUUGAUUUUAAAAACGACUUGUCUGGACGUGGUUACAUUUGCACUCCGUCAUUGUGGGAAGGAAGUUAAGCGGAUAAAAAAAAAAAAGCCACAUUUUUGCUUCACAACCAACCACAGGGCUUGCACUCUUUUCUGGAUUGGUAUUCAGUUGUUCUGCGAUAAUUUCAUAUCUGCCUCCAUAGAUGAGGAAAUUACCUUUUUUUUUUUUUUUUUAAAGGACAUCCUACCUUCUGAAUGAGGCAUCUCUAAACAACAGUGGUGCAUAUGUGGUUUUUAGGGCCUCUUAAACUUCUUUACUUCCACAGGCCGACUUUAUGGGUCGAUAAAGUAAUUUUACUGACUGUGAGCUAAAAAGUUCCUGUACCUUCAAAGUGCCUUUUGAUUCUCACUGCCAGGGAUAUGUGUUAAUUUUUAUGUGCUUAAAAUAUGACUGAAGAUAUCAAACGGUAAAACGUUGUGCAGACUUUAAAUCUAUUCGUAUGUACACUUUAUAUAUAUUUACAUAAUGCGUUUGGAUCCAUCAAAUGAAUUGUUUCAGUUGCUCUCUGUUUGAGAUUCCUGUGCUGUUUUUGUCAGAGUUAAAGUUUUUCCUUCACUCUUAGGACUUUAAGUGAUGCAAAAUUAUUUUCUGAUUUGUCUGAGCAAGCCUUUAAAAACAAUCACUUUAACACACAACUUCACACUACCUAACAAACCAAGUUUGCAAAGGGCUAUUUCAUUCAAAUCUUCCAUAAAUUCUAUCAUGUCUCGUGGUUUUUGUUGUUUAUGCCAUAAAGGUUGUAAACUGGAGCAAAUUCUAUGCAAAACCUAAACCUUUUAAUUGUUACACAUUUGAGAUGUUUCAAUUAUAUUUUCUUCCUCAAUGACUUGCACACGGGAAUUUUUCUACUUCCUUCUUUUUGUAAGAGUAAUUUUUAAAGAAAUGUUGCUUGAGACAUUGUAACAGCCAAGUGAGAGACACAACAAUCUGCCAAAUAAAGAAAUAAAUGUGAGAGGAGUCAUUA